UGUGAGGGUGGUGAAAGCCCCGGUAUUUAAAUUGGCGUGGUUAGGCGCGCUUCUCACGACGCGUCGGAGGCAGCACCGUCCCCAUCGACAGGCAACAGCUAAGGUGUAGCGCGCGGUGAAGGGCUAGUGGUCGUUUUUGCCCUCUUUGGCUGUGUUCAUGCUGUCAUGAUCGACAGAUGCUGCCUUCCCGCUAGGCCGCCACGGCCGCCAAUCGUCCACUCCACACCCGACAACAAACAAUGCAGCAGCAAGUUAUCACACACGCCCAAUUGAUCCGCCUUUUGUCUUCCUAUCUCCCGCCGCGGCCAAACGAUGUCUCUUUCCUCUACCAUACGCCGCGCCACUCUUACGACCAGACCACUUCGCCCGUCUCCCACGUUGUUCUCAGCGUGACGCCCACACCCGGCGUCUACGCCGCCAUAAACAAUCGGCCGCAUGCAUCGCCUCCGCCCGUUUGUUUUCUGCACCGACCGUGGGGCCUCGACAGACGUGCCAUCCCCCGUGGCGCCUUGGUCCUCGCGAGCCACGUCGCGUUCGACGCGUUCUUGACUGUCGGCUGGAAUGUUUCGCUUGCGGAAAGGCUUGACCUGCGCGUAGAGGAGGCUGUGUGCGUGCGAGGCUACAAGAGCGACGUUGAAAGGCCGAUAGGGCUUGUGGCGCCGCUGAGGUCCGAUGGUGGGUCGUCGUUGGAGAUCCUUGUGGAGCAGAUCAAACAUCAGUUCGGUGGUUUCGGUGAUCUGCACAUCCCAGCUUCAUGGCAUGGCUCGUGCACGGACAAGCCCACGGUCACUGUUAUGGCCAUCAUGAAUGCCUUCAAUGCAGACGAAGUCUCUAGAGCGCUUGCCACUGCUUGUUCGCAGGAUUGGAUUUCAAAUACGGGUGAUGGCAAAAACGUAUUGUAUGUGACGGGUCAGGCGCGAGAAAGUGGGUUAAAGGCCGCCUCUAUAGCGAACAUGCCGGUCGUUUCCGUAGGCCACAGAGCAUGUGAGGACUAUGGGAUCAGAUUCCUAGCGAGCAAGUUAAGAGAGUGCUUCCCUGCUAUAAUAGUCGAAGAGAUAUACGAAAAUGAAGAACCUCGGGUCGCAUAGCGGAACUUGGAAGCAGGACCAUAGAACAUUUAGAC